UUUUUAGUUCAUGACGUCACGAACAAUGUAUUUUUCUAUCAAAUGCACUCCAAAAAAGUGACGCUAUGCAACUGUCGUAUUCUCUAUCUCUACAAGUAUAAUUCUUGAUAGGUACAUCAUCUCCACAGCGAAACUUGCUCUCAACUGAUUGAUUUGAGUUCGGCACGACGAAAUGCUUGGAAUAAAGAAUUAGUUUAAAGCAUAGCGUUAAAUUAUAUUUUUUUAGCUACUUAGAAUAUUAAUAUUUUUAAUUAACGAGUUUGAAAUAUUGAGAGAGUGAGGCGGCACAACAAUUCUACACACUUUCCUAUGUGUACUCAUUUUAUAAAAAAUAUACUCGAAAAUGCUUUUUUUUAAUUUUACUGGAAUGUGAACACUUUUAUUGACUACUGGUUUCACAAAGAGAAACUUUUGCUCUUUCUUUUGAUGAUAUUCUGAAUUUUAUAGCGAAAUCUGCUGCGCUAUCACUUUCGCUUGAGCAUUUGAUACAGAGAACGUAAAUAAACCUGCAUCUUCUCGUUUAUUUACGUUCUCUAGUUGAUCAACUUGUACUCGUUUACUUAUUUAACUGUUGUCUUAUUUGCCGCAGUCGCUCAGUGACUUUUAUCAGGUGUAGAUUGUUUGUGUGCAAUACGAAAUUGAUAACAACUUAAAAACCACAACAAUGUCUAGCAAAGCUUGUUGUCAUGGGCCCGGUUAUAAGAGCCCCAUUGAUGCCAUGAAGAACGGACCUCGCGAAAAAUUACUCUACACUGUUACUGUGCAGCCUAAUCUAGAUGAAGCCCAUGGUGAUUACUUAUCAACUGUGGAUGUGGAUCCCGAAAGUCCAACUUACUGCCAGGUAAUUCAUAGGACCUUUACCAAUCGCAAGGGCAAUGAACUUCAUCAUUCGGGCUGGAAUGCUUGCUCAAGUUGCUACUAUGUGGAUGAGAAUUCAAAACAAAUACCGAAGCGUGACAAACUUAUAUUGCCUUCGAUAAUUUCCGAUUUCAUUUACAUAGUGGAUGUGGCGACUGAUCCACGCAAGCCCUCGAUAUACAAGACCAUAGAUGGUGAUUUGCUUAAGCAACAUAACGUAACUGCGCCGCAUACAACGCAUUGUCUGGCUGAUGGUAAUAUUAUGAUUUCAACACUGGGCGAUGCUGAGGGUUAUGCCAAGGGCGAUUUUAUUCUCUUUGAAACAAAUAAUUUCAAUUGUGUUGGCACGUGGACGAAGGGCAAGCAAGUGGCUUUAUGCGGUUAUGACUUUUGGUAUCAACCAUAUUUUGAUGUAAUGGUAUCGACGGAAUGGGGAGCACCCAAUAAGUUUAAACGCGGUUGGCGUACAGAAGACCUCGAUGAUAUGACACAAUAUGGCUGUCGAUUAAAUUUUUACAAAUGGUCAACGCAUACCCUAUAUCAAACCAUUGAUUUGGGUGAGGACGGUACAACACCAUUAGAAGUUCGUUUUAUGCACAAUCCAAAACGUCCAGAUGGAUUUGUUGGCUGUUGCUUGAACGCAAAUAUAUACUAUUUCAAAAAGAAACCCGAUUCCGAUGAAUUUGUAGCAAAAAAAGUUAUUGACAUACCUGGAAAGCGUAUUUCAAUUGAUGGUGGCAAGCCUGAAACUUUGAAUGGCAUGGUUUCCGAUAUAGUGCUCUCUUUGGACGACAAAUAUCUCUAUGUAAAUUGUUGGCUGCACGGUGAUCUGCGUCAAUAUGAUGUUAGUGAUCCAGAAAAUCCACGGCUAACAGGUCAACUAUUUUUAGGAGGUUAUAUUUGUGAAGACUGCAAGAAUGUGGAAGUGCUUGAAGAUAAGGAACUAACCAAACGCCCUGCACCACGUUAUAUUAAAGGCCGCAGACUCGAGGGAGGACCGCAAAUGAUGCAACUGUCUUUGGAUGGCAAACGUUUGUAUGUUUCAACAUCAAUUUUCUCACAAUGGGAUAAACAGUUCUAUCCGAAGAUGGUUGAAAAAGGCGGAACAAUAGUUGAAAUUGAUAUUGAUGUCGUUAACGGUGGCUUAAAGUUGAAUGAAAAUUUCUUAGUUGACUUCGGUAAUGAGCCAUAUGGGCCAGCAUUACCCCAUGAUAUGCGUUACCCAGGUGGUGAUUGCACUUCCGAUAUUUGGUUGGCUAACGAUGAAAAAUGAGUUUGGUAAAAUGUAGGAGUCGAUGUUAUCUUCAAUUCGCUGUAAAUCUCAGUAAAAAAAAUUAUGGAAUCAGCGCAUUGCAAACAAUUACAUUACAUACAUUGAUCAAUUUACAAUAGCAUAGCAUGGAAGUCGGCUCUAUAUGUAAAGAAUUGCUUUCUAACUGUGCGAUUUGCGUUUUUGUAAACUUCAAACAAGACAUUUCGUUCGAAAUGCACUUAGGUAAUGCAAAGUGUUAAUGAAUAAAUUUUUGAGUGCAAUUCUA